CGGCGGCAACGUUUACUGUUUAUCACAACAGAGCCAAAACAUAAUCAAUUUUUUAAAAAUCAUUAUAUUAUUAUAAAUUGAAAUUUAUAUUUUAUACAGACGAGAAAAUGUAUGAACAAACGAUACAAACUAUCGAUGUUCCUGACAAGCUAUGUGAAAAAUCUGGAAUUUCAUUUAGUGUAGUGAAUAAUAAUGAUAUUAGUGUUUUCCCGUUUCGUAAACCAUUACCACAAAAUAUAGGUAAAAGUAGUGAAUUUGCUCCAUGUGAGGGAAGUGUAUAUAUGUUGAAGGCAAACAGCAUUAUGGACGAUCCUGAAUUAAGAAAAUUGAUAAACGAAUCACAUGCCAUAUUUGUUUCUUCUAGAAGUGUUCCUACCGAUGAAAAUUCCAAACAUCGAGUUUUAGAACAAAGCAGGGAACAUAGGUCAUCAAUAAGGCAAUGUAUAGAAAAUAUGCACCAAGCUAUGUGUUCAAGAAACGCAGAUUAUGAGAAUUGGAUCAAAAUACUGGAAAGUAUUGAACUUAUUUGGCACUUGUGUGAGCUUCUGCAUCUUGAAGCUGUUCAUUCUGAUAUAGUGCUUCCGAAACUCAUUGAGUGGUCUCGACUGAAUUCAGUCGAAUAUGACGAAAAUAUUUCCAAAGAACUGCAUUUUGGAAAAGGUGCCGAGAUAAGGAUCGGAGAAAAGUACUGGGUCCAGAUUAUGAGUCUUCUUGUUGAAUCCAGGUUUGAGGCAACUCGAGCCCUACUUAGACUUCAUUCCGAAGCUGAUUCUAAAUCUUUUAUGGAGGCUGAUGCUAUCCUUCGAGGGAUUCCAAUUUAUACGAUUUAUUGUGGUUUGUCUCCUGUUGAGUUCAAUGGAAGGUGGAGAGCUUGGAAAUCGAUGGUUAGAUCAAAAAUAAGUGCUGGGACAUUUAGCGCAUUUCCACAUCUGCUCAAUGUUAUGAAUAUUUUAGGUGGAGUUGAACCAUUGUUUCCACUCUUGAAACCACAUUGCCAUACUUGGUAUCAAAUGUUGACAGCCAUAUUACAGUUCUCUGAUCCUAUGGUGAAAGUUCAUGAUCUCAAUUACUACGCUCAGCAAUGUAUCGAUCAAUUUGGUGGCUUGUCCAAGCUUAGACUAUUGGAUCAUACUAUUCUUGCUUUGUUCGACGCUGAUCUAGCUACGGUUAUAAAAAAAUUGCAACUAACAGCUGAUAAUGGCUGGAGUGCAGUUCAUCUUACAAAUUUGUUACAUCUCAGCGGAUGUUUGAAUAAAUCUCCAGAAACAGCUGUAGACUUGGAACCUAUGUUGCUUGAAUACGGUCAGCUACUGAUGUCUCAUAAACGUUUUUGGCAAAUUGGACUUAUGUAUCUUAAGUACUGUCCUACUCAUGGUAAAGAAUCGAUAGCAAUACAAUUGUGUUCUUUACCCAUUGAUAAUACUAAAAUUGCUUUUAAAGUUAUCGAAGCUGCUCGAAGUAAUGGUCUCUAUGAUGUUGUGAAAAGUAUCUGUAGAGUUUUGGCUAUGAAACAUGUAAAGGAAGGUAAUUACGGCAAUGCCUUGACGUGGGCCCUGACAUCUAAGGAUGCUGAAGUAAUGACACAAAUAGCUGACAAAUAUUUAUACAAAUACUCUACGGGAAGCUCAGAUAAAGAAUUAAACUGCCAUAAUAUAUUAACUGGUCUCGGUCAGUCCGUUUUUUCCAGUGGAAGGCUUACUUUUUUGUGUAAAUACUGUGAUUUUCAAAGAUGUUAUCAGCAAGGCAAAGUUAACGAAGCUGCUUCUAUAUUGAUUAAGUUGUUAGAAUCGAGGAUAUCUCCUAAAUAUUUUUGGUUUACACUCCUGUUAGACGCAUUACCUUUGUUGGAAAUGAAAAUAGGAACUCCAGUAUUUUCUCACGAAGACAGCAACAUUCUUUUGGCCAAUUUGGAGGAACUGGCGAUCGGGUGGGUCGAUAACCCUGUAAGGAAGACACAUAACUUUAACGACCAAAUAAAAAUUAUCCGAUUGGCUAUUACAAAAAAUCUUGCCAGAACACUUCUUCUGCAGUCAAAUGCUCCUACGAAUUCCAACACUAUUAUAUGCUAUUAAAUAGUAAACAUUAUAGUUAGAUUUUGUACUUUAUGAAGUUUAUUAAUUUAUCUUUUAUAAAUUUUAAAUAAAAUCUUUACCAUUUGUUUUAUUAUUAUUGUUUGAAUAACUC